AUGGAAGAGGCGCUCCUCUACUUCGAGCACGACAACUAUCCCUCCGACGAUUUCUACGACAAGACCGUCAAGAAUCACAUAACAAAGAUUACCCGCUUGUUUAAGGACCAGGCGUCUGCUAUUGUUGCCAACGCCCCGCAACUGCUCCAGAUUGUCAAACCCGACAGACACUCGAUCUCGCACCUCGCGAUUCUGAACACGCUCAAGCACAUCGACGAGGCUUCCUUUCCGAUAUCAGUCGAUAACUUCCGCGAGCAUGUCGCUCGUUUCUUGCUGUCAUACGACGCUCGGCAGAUCCGCUACGUCGGUGACGUCUUCUACGACUUGGUCAAGGAUAUCGUGGAAUGCAAGCUCUUCCCGGCGCGUCAGUCGAUUGACCUCGUUGUUGCUGCCUUAAAGCGACUUGACCCGGACUCCGCUAUGCUCACGAGCCUCCACCUCGCCGUGGUCAAGCUAGCUUAUGAGACGGCGAACUGGGACGAAAUUCUGCCGAUUAUUGAGAGACCUUGGGUGUUUCUCCCGGGCAUGAAAGAUCAGGCUCGUGCAAAGUAUCUUUGUGAUCUGACGGCUUCACCAGCCGCCUACAUUAGCCCAUCCACACAACUGACAGAGCAUCUAACCCGCGAAAAUGUGAUGGAGCACGAAUAUGUUUCUGCCAUGAUCUUCACGGCCAAGAAGAAAUGGGCGAACGCGCAUAAUGCAUAUCAGAGAAUCGUCACUUGGCCCUCAAGAGAGUCUUCCGUGAGCAAGUUGAUGACCGACUCGCACAAGCGGUGGAUCCUUACCGGCCUCUUAGCCCUUGGCCAGGCACCAUCACUCCCAUCCCAAGUCAGCCCAAGCGCCCAAAAGUCCUACGCAACCCUUUCGAAGCCCUAUGCGGAUGUGGCAGCUCACUUCUCGACCACCAAUGUGGAACAGCUCAAAGCCGGGAUUGAAAAAGGGGCAGAGACAUGGGUAACUGACCAGACGACUACUCUCGUUAAGGAAGUCGUCAUGGCCUACCAGAAAUGGCAGAUCCUUGGUCUCGCCGAUGUGUAUCACAAGAUCAGCAUCUCAGAGAUCCGCCAGCAGACACUUAGCGCCGAAACUGCCCGGAAUCUUGAGACCGAUGGGGAAGUUGAGGAGCUUCUACAGGAGAUGGUCAAUAUCGGAAUGCUCCAGGGGUCACUGGAGGCCAGUCCUGAUGGUACCAAGUGCCUCACUUUCCUCCCAAGCGACAAGGAGAUUGAGUACACUGAAUACCAGAAUAAGAUCAAGGAUAACUCGCGCAUUAAGACGCUCGAUAAGCUCACUGAGGUGAGCGACGCUCGUCUGGCAGCGUCCAAGGACUACGCCAAGCACAUACUUCGCGAGCAGAAGCGCCAGGACAAGGAUGGUGGCCAAUCCCAGAACGUCGAGCUUGGCUUCGAUGCAUCUAUCGAGGAUGAGGAUCUCAUGUCUGGUCUCCGGCAAGACUGA